AUUUACUUUGGAAUUCUUUCAUGGACUUUUUAUAAUGCAUGAAAACAGGAGCAAUGGAUAGGAAAAGGGGAGCGAAGAUCAUGUCUUUUAAGCAGCAAACAAGGAUUGUCCAACUGAUCGCGAUUCUUUUUUUUAUUUUUAUUAUAUAUAUAUUUAUUCUUGGACAUGUGUGUGUGUAUGGUUAUCUAUCCAGCAUGCCACCAAAGUUGGACCCUAACGAGAUCAAGAUCAUCUACCUCCGUGCCACCGGAGGAGAGGUCGGAGCUUCCUCAGCUCUUGCCCCCAAGAUCGGUCCUCUCGGUCUCUCGCCCAAGAAGGUCGGUGAAGAUAUCGCCAAGGCCACCCAGGACUGGAAGGGUCUCCGUGUCACCGUUCAGUUGACCAUCCAGAACCGUCAGGCCGCUGUCUCCGUCGUUCCCUCGGCUUCCUCUUUGGUCAUCAAGGCCCUCAAGGAGGCUCCUCGUGAUCGCAAGAAGGAGAAGAACAUCAAGCACAACGGUAACAUCUCCAUUGAUGAUGUCAUUGAGAUUGCUCGCAUCAUGCGUCCAAAGUCCAUGGCCCGUGAGCUCUCUGGCACCGUCAAGGAGAUCCUCGGAACUGCCUUCUCCGUCGGAUGCACCGUCGAUGGUCAGAACCCCAAGGAUGUUGGUGAUGCCAUCGAUGCCGGUGAAAUUGAGAUCCCUGAGGCUUAAAUUCACAUAGUAUUUUGGAGUACCGACAGAAUAAAAAAAAAAAAAAAAACUCUUCUUGAAAUACAUUUCAUUCGUUUUGAGGGAUUGUCCAUUG